AGCGGAUCACAUUAGUGCAGCAGUCUGCGAAGAAAGUGACCGCAGCCGAAGCGCAGCCGGCCACUCGAGCGGCGGGAGCGCGAACCGAGCGGACCGACCCCCAAGCCUCGCUGAAGGGGGCUUGCCCUCCGGAAGGAGAAAGGAACCAGAAGGACGCCAAAUAAAAAAAGAAAAAAAGCGCUUCGACGCGGGGAGCGCUCUUAUUUAAAGGGGAGGAAAGGGUAGGGGAGGCUGCGUCGCUGCGGGCUUUUGGACUCUUUAAUUAUACGCACGGCGGAUCUAUGAAGACGCGGACAGGUUAUUCAAUUGCAACCGCAGACCGAGUGAUUCACGCCCCUAACCCCCUCACCUCGCCCCGCCCGUCUGCCUCCAAUGCCGGGCAUUAGCUCCGCGGCGCCUCGCUAUGAAAGCUGGGAAAUGGACCACCUGGACCACUACCAGCACUACUUCUACGACGACCACGACCCGGACGAGGACUUCUUCAAGUCCACGGCGCCCAGCGAGGACAUAUGGAAGAAAUUCGAGCUGGUGCCGACCCCGCCCAUGUCCCCCAUCCGGCUGCCGGCGGAGGGGUCGGGCAAGGUCGGGCUGCUGUGUCCUUCCCUGGGGGACAAGCUGGAGUGGGUGUCUCAGUUCCUGGGGCAGGACGACGACCAUAACCACCAGCAGCAGCAGCAGCAGCAGCAUCCGCAAGAGCUGCCCUGCAAGCUGGCGACCAGCGGCGACUCCUUCGGCAACCUGAGCUCCAUCAUCAUCCAGGACUGCAUGUGGAGCUGCUUCUCGGCCGGCCAGCAGCUGGAGCGGGUGGUGGGGGAGCGUCCCCGCCUCGGCGCCGGAAGCGGCGUCUCGUCGCCGGGGAGGGCGCAGGGGGCCGCCGCCGACGCGGGGGCCGCGGGCGGCUUGGCUGCGGACUGCGUGGACCCGACCGCUGUGCUGACUUUCCCGCUGCCCGCAGGGUGCAAGAGGCAGGUGUCGUCCGGUUCAGAGUCGCACACGGACUCCUCAGAUGACGAAGAUGAAAACAAUGAGGAUGAAGAGGAGAUUGAUGUGGUGACCGUGGACCACAAGCAGCAGCGUAAACCCCGUCGACUGGUCGCCACCCGCAAACCGGUGACCAUAACGGUGCGAGCAGACCCCCACGACCCGGGCACCAAGCGUUUCCACAUCUCCAUCCAUCAGCAGCAGCACAACUACGCCGCCCCCUCCCCCGACACUCUCCCCGCAGCUCCCGAGCCAGCCCGGAAGAAGGUUCGCCAGGACGCUCCCGUGGCCCAGCUGCACCAGAACUCUCUCCACAACCAGCCCCGGCCCGGCCACGCCCCUUUGAACUUGGACACCAGGAAGUCUCAGACCACAGUGGUCGGAGCGAGAUCCGAGUCCCCCGACCUCAGCGCGUUUUCUCCUACCUCGUCGCCUUCGUCUCCGCCGAGCUCCUCCUCUUCCUCCUCCCACCAAAGCUCGCCGUCGAAGCCCCCCUCCCACCUGUCAAGCCCGCAGUCCUCGGACUGCGAGGACACGGACAAGCGCAGGGCGCACAACUUCCUGGAACGCAAGCGGCGCAACGACCUGCGCUCGCGCUUCCUGUCGCUGCGGGACGAGAUCCCGGGGCUGGCGGACUGCCCCAAGACGCCCAAGGUGGCCAUCCUGACACGAGCCACCGAGUACCUGCAGCAGCUCCACGCCGCAGAGAAGCAGAAGACUCAGGAGAGGAAGCAGCUGAAGGCCAAGCAGCUGCAGCUGCUGCAGCGGCUGGCACAGCUCAAACGCUCCUGAGGGGCAGAAAGGGGCCCCCCCAUACUCGAACACUGAACUGAAGGGGACUACACGGAGGAAAAACACUGUUUGAGUUGGUCAUGCUUGAAUAGAGCAGGUGGAUUAUUAUUAUUUUUUGCUGUUUUUUUUCUUUUUGUUGUUUGCACAUGAGCUUCUGAGUGACGAGCCGUCUGGACGGCCAAGGGUUGAUCCGAGUCAGUGGUCUUGCAGGCAGAAUAUACUAAUGGUCAGUCAAUAUUUGUUCUGUUUCCCCCCCCAAUGAAAACUCUUCAAACUUGUUGCUACUACAAAGCCCACCAUGAACACAACAAUGUGAAUUGCUACAACUGCUGUGCUGGUCGAACGUCCCCUUUAGUUGUGCGUAGGCGGCUGGGAUGCGUAUUUAAGAACCCAGCCCCCCUCUGCUGGAGUGUUAUGGUACCCUUUAUUCUCAGUACCCGGUGUAGAAUGUUUGUUUGAAUUCCAAAUCUUGCCUUUACAUCGGUCUUGUUUCUGCACAUCACUUUCCUCCGUUGCCAGCAUUCGGUCAUUUCUUGAUUGACACGGCCCCAUCCCCCCAAUUCAUUACCCAAGUAUUUCACAACUGCAUGUUGCAGCAGAAUCUUUGCCAGUUGAGCCUUUUUUUUUUUUUUUUUUUUUUUUUUUUUU